GGCACGAAUGCUCCCUCGCUCUCUCUAUCUGUUACCUCCGUCCUAGGGUUUCUCCGGGGAGGGAAGAUUUCUGGUGCAGCCUUCGGCCGGACAACGGCCAAUUUCUGGUCGGCAGCUGCCGGACUGUAGGCAGUUAUUGGAAAGUGAUCUUGGCAUUUCCCUUGUCAUUCUUCACAUGUGGCGAUCCUUGGGCGAGGGUUUCGGGGCGAUCCUACAUUAGUUCUCGCCCUUAUUCCCUGGGAUUUUGUCUCUACAUCUGCCUCACGUGCAGUUGCAUUUUCUUAGUCUCUACUCUUGAAGGAAUGGCGAAUAACCCCCAACUAUCUGGCUCACAGCCACCUAGGCCCCCGAUGGUGGGAUCGACUGGUCCACCUCAGAACUUUGCUUCACCAAUGUCCUUGCAAUUUAGGCCUGUUAUUCCACCACCACAAAGUCAACAGUUUAUGCCGUCAGCACCCCAGCAGUUCAGGCCUGUCGGCCAAGGUAUUCCACCACCUAACAAUAUGAUGCCUUCUCCUGUACAAGCACAACAGAACCCGUAUGGACAACCAAUGCAACAAUUCCUCCCUACACCAGGCCCCCCAGGUCAAGUUGCUCCUUCUUCACAAGGAGUUCCAGGGCCUUAUGCUCCCAUGCCUGUUGCAACUGCAUUAUCCCAGCCUCAGCAAACUCAUCAGCCUUUGGGCGCCCAUCAUGCUGGUUUUGGAGGUCCUGGAGCACCAUUAUCGUCGUCAUAUACAUUUGCAACACCAUCUUCUGCAAGCCAGCCUCAGAACAAUAUUAAUCUACCAUCACAAUAUCAACCUGUGCCCCAAGUUCCUACGCCAUCUAUUUCAGGACAACCCUGGUUGCCAUCUGGAGUAACAAGUGGACAAGUUGUUGGACCACCACUGCAAACUGCCCAGCAGGCUGUAUCAUCUUCCACUGCUAUGUUGUCAACCAGUCAGCCUAGUUCUAGUCUCCAGUCUUCCUCAGAUUGGCAGGAACACACUUCUGCCGAUGGGAAGAGGUAUUAUUACAAUAAAAAGACUAAGCAGUCUAGUUGGGAGAAACCUUUAGAGUUGAUGACCCCCAUUGAGAGGGCUGAUGCAUCAACUGUCUGGAAAGAAUUUACUACUGCUGAGGGGAGAAAGUACUACUAUAACAAGGUCACCAAACAGUCUAAAUGGACAAUACCAGAAGAACUUAAGCUUGCACGGGAGCAGGCUGAUAAGGCAGUUGCCCAGGUAGUGAAUGUGGAUACGUCAAAUGUGGCUUCAGCAGCUCAAAUCACUCCUACCGUAUCUACCUCAGAUAUGCCAGCUAAUGUUGUUGCUAGUCCUGCUGUACCAUCCCCCAUCAUUGCAACAUCUGGAGUUGCAUCAAGUCCUGUUCUAGUUAUGCCAACUAUUAGCACUUCAGCAGUAAUCCUGUCUAAUCCACCAUCUAUGCCUUCAGUCUCUCCUGCUGUUGUUUCUACUCCUGUAGGUGUUUCAUCUUCUCCAGGAUUACCAAGUUUCAAUUCCUCAACUUUUGUUGCCACCCAUGCUGCUUCUGCUGCCUCUGGUGCUGCAGUUUCCACAGAGAUGUCUUCCACUAUACCAGUGAAAAUCACUGCUGAUGCUGCUCAAGCUGGUGAUAUAACAUCAUCCCAGGAUUUGGAGGAGGCAAAACGAGGAAUGCCUGUUACUGGGAAGAUCAAUGUGACACCAGUGUCCGAGGAGAAGGCUGUUGAUGAAGAACCUUUGGUUUAUGCUACAAAGCAGGAAGCAAAGAAUGCAUUUAAGGAGCUCUUGGAAUCUGCACAUGUUGAAUCUGAUUGGACCUGGGAGCAGGCCAUGCGGGUGAUAAUAAAUGACAAGCGGUAUGGUGCUCUUAGAACACUUGGAGAGAGGAAGCAGGCUUUCAAUGAAUACCUGGGACAAAGGAAAAAGCAAGAAGCUGAGGAAAAACGCAUUAAGCAGAAAAAAGCUAAAGAAGAUUUUACAAAGAUGUUAGAAGAAUGCAAGGAACUCACUUCAUCCACUCGGUGGAGCAAAGCAGUCACCAUGUUUGAGGAUGAUGAACGGUUUCAUGCUGUUGAACGUGCAAGAGAGCGUGAAGAUCUUUACGAGAGUCAUCUUGUUGAACUUGCAAAGAAGGAACGUGCUAAAGCAGCUGAGGAGCAUAGGAAGAAUAUAAUGGAAUACAGAGCAUUUUUAGAAUCUUGUGACUUUAUAAAGGCCAAUAGCCAGUGGCGAAAAGUUCAAGAUCGUCUUGAAGAUGAUGAACGAUGUUCACGACUUGAAAAAAUUGAUCGCCUGGAAAUUUUCCAGGAGUAUAUAAGAGAUUUGGAAAAGGAAGAAGAAGAGCAACGGAAAUUGCAAAAGGAACAAACCAGAAGAGCAGAGCGUAAAAAUCGUGAUGAAUUCCGUAAAUUAAUGGAAGAACAUGUUACUGCUGGAAUUUUAAAUGUUAGAACUCAUUGGAGGGAUUAUUGCAUGCAGGUUAAAGAUUUACCUGCAUACCUGGCAGUUGCUUCAAAUACCUCUGGGUCUACGCCAAAAGACUUGUUUGAAGAUGUGGCCGAGGAUCUUGAAAAACAGUAUCAUGAUGACAAGGCACGGAUCAAGGAUGCAUUGAAGAUGGCAAAGGUUACUAUGACAUCAAAUUGGUCUUUUGAAGAUUUCAAGGAUGCUAUUUUGCAAGACGGAAACCUUUCACGAGUAUCAGAGACAAAUUUGAAGAUUGUAUUUGAGGAGUUGUUGGAAAGACUGAAGGAGAAAGAGGAGAAGGAAGCUAGGAAGCGGCAAAAGCUGGCAGAUGACUUUACUGAUCUCUUGCAUUCUGUAAAGGAAAUAACAGCAUUGUCUAAAUGGGACGACUGCAAAUCACUUUUGGAAGAUAGCCAACAGUUUAGGUCCAUUAGUGAUGAUAGUUUCAGAAGGGAGAUUUUUGAGGAAUACGUAGCUCACUUGUUGGAAAAGGCUAAAGAGAAGGAGCGGAAGCGAGAGGAAGAAAAGGCAAAAAAGAAAGAGAAGGAAGAAAAAGAGAAGAGGAAGGAGAAGGAACGGAAAGAAAAAGAGGAGAAAAAGGAAAGGGAAGAUAGAAAAGAAAAGGAGAGGGACCGUGAGAAAGAGAAGGCAAAAGAACGAUCUCGAAGAGAUGAGACGGAAGGUGAAAGUGCUGAUAUAGGUAACAGCCAUGGUCAUAGAGAGGACAGGAAGAAGGAAAAGGACAGAAGGCACCGAAAACGGCACCAAAGUGGAGGUGAUGAUGCAACUUCUGAUAAGGAGGAGAAUGAAGAAUCCAGAAAAUCCAGGAGGCAUUCGGGUGAUCGCAAGAAAUCAUCAAGAAAGCACACGUAUGAAACGGACUCGGAUAGCGAAAGCAGGCACAAAAGGCACAAACGAGAUCGGGAUGGAUCACGUAGAAAUGGUGUGUACGAGGAGCUUGAAGAUGGGGAAGUAGGAGAGGAUGGUGAAAUUAAUUGACUCUUUUUUCAGCAGCUACUUUUUUGUUAAUAUGCGGUACUCUACAUGUUCAAUACUCAUGUUGUCACAUUUUCCUUUUUACUAAUUAUUAUCAAUUUCAAGCGUUUGAUGCAGUCUUCGGUCAACUUCGUAACAUGUUGCACUAAUACUCUUGUCAACAGUCGACCAUUGCUCAAUCAGCUAACGGGAUGUUCUACAUCAUGUACAAUUUUUCUUGUAAUUAAUUUGAGUUCAUUAAGGGUGUCGCAUCUCA